ACCGUCAGAGGGAGUAGAGAUACUUAAAUUCAAUGCUUUGCUAAACGCUUCCGACUGUGGCGUGUACUGCGUCUGUCUGCAAGCGGAUGGUUGUUGACAGUCUGUUUCGCAUAUUUUGCACUUUAGAAUCAAAACCUCUCGCACCUUUACAUCACGCUGACGGCUAAGUCCCAAAUAAGCCAUUGCUAUCUGUACUAGAAAGAGAGGUUGAUUGCAGGAACAGCUAGUUUCACUACCUGGAUUUAUACGAAGACCCAGUCACCGACAACAUUGCUGAUUUCAGUUUGGGUCGAUUCAGCGUGAAACAAUGUUGUGGAAGUUAGCUGAUAACGUCAAAUACGAGGAGGACUGCGAGGAAAGACACGACGGGAGCAGCAAUGGGAACCCCCGACUGCCCCACCUGCCUGCGGUGAGCCAGCACCUAUACAGCCCGUCUCCUUCUCUAUCACAUUCGGGCAGCUCAGACUUCCAGCCGCCCUACUUUCCGCCACCGUACCAGCCAAUAUCAUACCCCCAGUCCAGUGACCCGUAUUCCCACCUCAGCGACCCGUUCAACAUAAACUCCCUACAUCAGUCCCAAUCAACUAAUCAACAGCAAUCCUGGCCCGGGCGUCAAAGUCAAGAUGGAAUCGGCAGCCAUGGCCGUAGUGGCUUAGCCAGUCAGAUUCUUGGACUUGAAGGAGGCUCCACCGGCGUGCGGAGAGAGGCAUUCCGAAGGCCGGAGCUUCUCCCCCCGCACGUGCACGGCAUCGACUCGGCCGUUAUCAGCGACAAUUUAGGAUUGCACGAGAUGGCCCAUAGCUUGGACGACGUGCAGCACGUCGACGAUCACAGUAUUAUCGUGGCAGACCAGACUGUCAUUAAAAAAGUAUUAGGACUACGAAGUGGCAGGAACCACGAUCGCUUACAGCGGACUUAUUUUGAGGGUGGCUUUCUUGCGGGUGAGAAUGAAGGUCCCGUGUCUCUCCAUAAGGGGAACACGCUGGGCCUGCCCUAUCAGAAGGAGUCUCUGCUGGGCAUGGUGUCCAAUCCCACGGAGGUCUUCUGCUCCGUCCCUGGCCGCCUGUCCCUGCUCAGCUCCACCUCCAAGUACAAGGUGACGGUGGCCGAGGUGCAGAGACGCCUGUCCCCCCCGGAGUGCCUCAACGCCUCGCUGCUGGGCGGAGUCCUGCGCAGAGCCAAGUCUAAAAAUGGCGGGCGGUCUUUGCGGGAGAAGCUGGACAAGAUCGGGCUGAACCUGCCGGCGGGCCGACGAAAGGCCGCCAACGUCACCCUGCUGACCGCGCUGGUGGAAGGUGAAGCGGUUCACCUGGCCAGAGACUUUGGCUACGUGUGCGAGACCGAGUUUCCGGCGAAGGCCAUCGCGGAGUACCUGGGCCGGCCCCACGUGGAGCGCAACGAGAUCAACUCCCGCAAGAACAUGCUGCUGGCCGCCAAGCAGAUCUGCAAGGAGUUCACGGACCUGCUGACCCAGGACCGCUCGCCGCUGGGCAACUCUCGGCCGGCUCCCAUCCUGGACCCGGGCAUCCAGGGCUGCCUGACCCACUUCAGCCUCAUCACCCACGGCUUCGGGAGCCCCGCCAUCUGCGCCGCCAUGACCUCGCUGCAGAACUACCUGAACGAGGCCCUCAAGCAGGUGGACAAAAUGUACCUGAGCUCCGGCGGGGAGCCGCAGGGCGCCUCCGACGGCGGCGGCAAGGCCUCCGACAAAAUGGAGAAGCACCGGAAAUGAGGCUCCGCCCCCUCCGCGCCCAGACCCCGCCUUACGCGCUUCCCCCUGGGACCGCGCCUCCACCGUCGCGUCGUCGUUUAAGUAUUUUUUUUUUUGUCCGACCGUUGUUCUCGACCGUUGUUUUUUUUGCGUUUCCGGGGCAAAUUGCUUUGCCUUUUUGUAUUCCAUGGUCUUCCAGAAAAAAAAAAGUUUUUAUUUACCGUUGGUGCGUAAGGCUUCCCUGAAGAUCAACGUAAAAAGCCGUUUUUUUAUGACUCGGGAAGGCUGAGUUUCACCUGGAGCUGAAGACGCAGACUUUUGGACACCGUAACAGGAGCGAGAGCGAGAGUUCACUGACCUUUUAGGAAUGCACCUUUUCCCGAGAGGAGUUACUAUUUCCGUGGAUUCCGAGCAGAUUGUUUCUUUUCUUCCACGAUUUGCUUUCUGUUCCCUCAGCGUCAGCGUCGGUGCAGAGUUUCCAUUGGACUACAGAGGACAGUGACAUUUAGCCAGAUGGCGAUGGUUUUUUUUUUUUUUUUAGUUUUGUAUUUUUUUUAUUUGUAAACUAUUAUUUACAUUUACAGUGUUAUGAUGUUUGGACUCUGGGAUUGCUGUGGGCUGAUGUGCGAACGUGCGUGCGUACGCACGUACAUGCCCGCGUGUAUGUGUGUGCGAGUCUGUGCGCGUGUGCGUGCGUGUGUAUAUAGGGAGAUUGGGUGCAGAUAGUUGUGUAGCUGAGCUAAGGCUGAUAGCAUUUACUGAAUGGGCAGCCAUACAGGGGAGGGGAAGGAGGAGGAGGAGGGAGGGAGGUAGGUUGGGGCGUGGGUGGGCUGAGUGUUAAAUAGAUGGGGCAAAGGGGGGUUGGAAAGGGCCGCUCUUUCAUGGAUUUCUUGCGGCUUGCACAGUGAGAGAGGGCUGAGACCAAAUAGUUUCCGCGUAAACAAAAGCAGCAUCAGAAACGAACCUGCAAUCGGCACGCUUGUUCUGGAAUAUUCCCCCUCACUGUAAGGCUCAACCUUAGUUCUGCAGAAGCCAUGUUGGGCUUGGUGUCCCUCCGGUCCGUUCUGAACAGGCCUGCCCCACGUUCCCCUGGCACUUAACUGGAACCUCUAGUUAAAAGUCUGUUCAAAAUGCAGGGGUUCCCCAGGGGUCUCUUUAAGACCUCUCUAAAUUGUGUGAUAUCUUGACCAGCCGAUAGAAUCGUCACCUGAAUUGUCUCGUGAGUUAAGACGUAUGCAUAUUCUAUACCAUUCCAAUUUCACAAUUUGAUAAAAGGAC